AGUGGGUGUUGACGUUGGUGGGGGUCUUGGUGUGUCGCACCUUGUGGUGUGCUGGUAAUUCCGUGUUGCCCUUUACAGGUCAAGUACGUUGUGUUGAGACCGUUGUCCGAUCGGGUCAGUUCGGUUAUCGCUUGGUGUCGGUGACCCGCCUUCGCGAGCGGCUAAUUUAGUGUCUGGCUUGAGGUCUCAGUGAGGCCUAGAGAGCAGGCGGCGGAAAGCGCUGUUACGCAGAGCGCUUCUUUGGUGCAGUGCAAACUAAGGCGCAGCGCAGGCGUGGGUGAUUAAAUCCUAUUUUAGUAAGAACCAAGCGCUACUAAAACCAUGCCAAACAGGGAAAAUUAUGCAAAUGGCAGCAGCAGCAGUAGUAGCGGCGAGGAAGCUGGUGCGCCUGUGGAUUUUGUGUGUCGGGACUUUCUGCGCAAUGUUUGCAAGCGAGGAAAGCGCUGCCGCUUCAAGCAUCCAGACUCUAAUGAUGUAUCUGACCUCGGAGUGCAGAAAAAUGAGUUUGUCUUUUGUCAUGACUUUCAAAACAAGGAGUGUGUUCGUCUCAACUGUCGCUUUAUUCAUGGCACCAAGGAUGAUGAAGAACAUUAUAAGAAAACUGGAGAGCUUCCUCCCCGUUUGCGACAAAAAGUGGCAGCUGGUCUUGGCUUGUCUCCCACUGACUUGCCAAACAAAGGUGAGAUUCCAAUUUGUCGUGAUUUCCUAAAGGGUGACUGCCAACGUGGUGAUAGAUGCAAGUUUCGUCACCUUCAACGGGAAUAUGAGUACCAAUAUGAAUACCCAUGUGAUAUACGGGGAGGGGCUAUGAACACAGGAGUGGCCCCUGGAAGUUUAUCUGCAGCUACCACCCGUGCUUAUGAGCACUAUGGUGCUUACGAGGGCCUCCCAGAAACAGAUUACUAUUCCUCUUCUUAUUACCGCUAUGGUGAACGCUUUGAUGAUCCUGUAAUGAAAAGAAGGCGUGUAGGAUAUGAUGGAUAUUAUAGUGCUUCCCCAGUAGAGUAUCGUCUCCUGGAGGAAGAAAAUGUUAUGCUCCGCAGGCGUGUUGAGGACUUGAAAAAGCAAGUUUCUGUCCUGGCUGCAACUAAUGAAGUCUUACUGGACCAAAAUGCACAAUUCCGCAGCCAGGCAAAAGUGGUUACACUAAGCACACUUAGCACUACAGCUCCAACUAGUGAACAGGCUGUUGGCACAGUGACCAACUACAACCAUGGCAUAGCCCAGACCCACACAACCCUGAGUAGCCAGGCAUUGCAGCCCCGAGCAGUCACACAGCAAGAGCUAGUGGCAUCCACUGGUGCACCACCUGCUGCUCAGACCAAUGCAGCUGCUCAGCUGAACCCAGAAAUCACCCCACUUUCUGCAGCGCUGGCGCAAACCAUUGCUCAAGGUAUGGCUCCACCUCCAGUUUCUAUGGCACCAGUGGCAGUCUCUGUUGCACCAGUAGCUGUUUCCAUGGCCCAGCCUCUUCCUGGCAUUACUAUGAGUCACGCCACUACGCCAAUGGUUACCUAUCCCAUUGCCUCACAGAGCAUGCGUAUAACUGCCAUGCCUCACUAAUUAUCCAUACUGCUCCUUGUCUGUAGAUGUUUGGCAGCUAUGGCUUUUAGCUAUAGACAGAGCACUAUCAUUUAAUGUUCAAGUAAUUUGGUCCUCACGUGAUUUUUUUUUUUUUCUUUUUUAGAGCAGAAAUUAAAGCGCUAAAUGCAAAACUGUAGCACACUCAAUAUAUUUUGAAUAUCAAAGUUGGAGGUAGUUUUUUUUUAAGUAUCCUUAAUGUGUUGAAGGAGCUUAUUUUUGUCAAAAUUAUUUGCUUACCAUGACAGCUUUCUACUGUUGACAGCAAUUUUUCUUGUUUCCUUAUAUUUAUAUAGUUCCAUAGUCCUGCGGAAUAGCUCCCAACAUGUAUUGUUAAUCAUGUUGGUAGCCACAUUCUGAACCUGAAAAUAAUAUACAAUUCUUGCGUAGAAGAGCCAGAUUUUGCAGCCCGCAUUGGUGAUACUUUGUUGCUAAUUAUUUUCCACAAAAUAAGGCUCCUUAAUUUUGACAUUUUCAGUUUAAAUUUCUUUUCCAAUGG